AAUGUCUUAACUUGCUUCUAUUGGUAUUGACUUUGGUAGUUAGAGAUCUGUAAUCGCUGCAGCACUUAAGGGUGGUGUGAAGGUUUUAGACAAUGAAGGAUCACAUAGAGAAACAUAAAAUGUGAUAGGAUUCACAGUUGAAGAAAGAUUCAUUGGAGAAUAAGGAGCCUUAUAACAAAAGUCUAAUUUCAAAAAUUCUGUUGCUUUUUUCAACAGAUUCUUAGGAUUACAUGGUGAACCUACAUUUAGAGCAGAAGAGACAAAAUGGUUGACUGUUCCUACAUCAAUUAAUGAUUCUGGAAAAACUUUAUUUGAGGUUAAUUACCUUGGUUAGAAGACCACAUUCACUCCUGAGUAAUUGACAGGUUCUAUGUUAAACAAAUUAAAACAUGUUAUAGCUCACAAUGAUAUAAAUGUACAAGCAAGUAAUUUUUGUAUCAGUGUACCUGCAUAUUAUACAGAAUCAGAGAGAAAGGCUUUGAUUGAUGCAUGUAAGAUAGCUGAAAUUCCUUUGGAGAGAUUGCUUAAUGAAACAACAGCAAUUGCAAUUAAUUAUGGUCUAUUUAGAAAAGCAGAUUUGGAUGCUGAGAAACCAAGACAUGUUGUAUUUGUUGAUUUUGGACAUUCAAAAUUUUCAGCAUUUGUUGGUUCAUUCUAUAAAGAAAAGGCUUAAGUAUUAGCUUAAGUGAAUGAGAGAAAUCUAGGUGCAAGAGAUAUUGAUUGGUUAUUAUUUGAAAAAUUUGCCACAUAAUUUGAAAAAUAAUCAGGUGGUUUGAAUGUUAGAAAAAAUCUUAAAGGAAAAUUAAGAUUAUUGGAAGCUAUUGAAAAAGCUAGAAAAGUCUUAUCAGCUAAUUCUGAGGCUCCAAUUAAUGUAGAAUAUUUAGUAGAAGAUGAAGAUUUCAAUACUUUAAUAAAGAGAGAAGAUUUUGAAUAAAUGAUUCCACCAGUCUUAAAUUAAAUUCAAUAAUAAUUAGAAUUUUUAUUUAGUUAAAUUUAGAAUUUAAAAUUACAAAUACAUUCUGUUGAAAUUGUAGGAGGAGCAACAAGAAUUCCAGCUGUUUAAAGAUUAAUUGAAAAGAUCUUUAAAGUUGAAUAAGUAUCUAGAACAUUGAAUGCAAGUGAAUCAAUAUCUAGAGGUUGUGCAAUGAUGGCAGCUAUGAAAAGUCCAAAUUUCAAAGUCACUGAAUAUAAAAUUGAAGAUUGCAACUAUUAUCCAGUUAGAGUAGGUUGGCUCUAUGGAUAAUAAUUAAGUUAAUAAGACUAAAGUUAAGGAUUGGUUAGAUGUUUCCCUGAAAAAUAAUGUAAAGUCUUAUUUGAUUAAAAUAAUGCAAUUCCAUCAAUCAAGAGUUUUGCACUCUUAAAAACUGAACCAAUUGAAAUUACACUCUUUUAUGAUCCUGUACCUGAAGGUUUCUAAGCUAUUUUAUGUAAUAUUAUUUUAUAAUCUUUUUUAGAAUAAAUUCGUGUUCCUCCACAAAACCCAAAACACUAAGAACAUUCAACUAAGAUCAAAAUCUUAUUGAAUCAUAAUGGAUUAUUAUAAUUAGAAGAAAUUGUAUUAUAAGAAGAAUUCAUGGAAGAAGUGAAAGUGCCUGUAUUAAAUAUAUAUAAUUAAUUUAUUAGAUUGAAAAACCAAAACCAGCAGAACAACCUAAACCAGCAGAAUAACCUAAACCAACAGCUGAUGCAUAACAAUAAUAAUAACCAUAAGCUGCUGAACCACAAUAACCAGCUCCAGAAGCUGUAUAAUAAGAAUAACCAAAACCAGAAGAACCACAAUUUGAAAUUAAAUAAAAGAAGAAAACUAUUUAAACCUAAAUUAAUUGUGAAACUACUUCCUUGAAUAGUUUGUCUAAAAAAGAAAUUGAUCACUUAUUCCAAUAAGAAUGUGAAAUGUAAAAUUAAGAUAAAUUGGUUCAUGAAACCCAUUUCAAGAAGAAUCAAUUGGAAGCCUACAUUUAUGCUUGGAGAGAGAAUGUCAAUGGAAAAUAUGCUUAACAUGUUAGACCAGAUCUCAAAGCUUAAAUUCUUAAGGAAUUAGAUGUAUAAUAUGAAUGGCUUUAUGGUGAUGGUCAAAAGACUACAAAGAGGGAAUAUUCUGAUAGAUAUGAUAAACUUGUUUAAUUAUGUGGUCCAAUAGUUACAAUUGCUGAUGAGUUUAGAUUAGUUCCUGAAACUAUUCAAUAAGUAUUACAAUAUACUUCCAAUUAUGAAGGUUUUGUAACUUCAUAAGUAAUAAUAUUAAUUAAAUAUAAUAGGAAUAAUAAUAUGCUCAUAUCACACCUGAGGAAAGAUAAGUAGUUGCAAAUGAAGUGAGUGCUUUUAAAUUAUGGUGCAAUCAAGUUUUGGAUGGUUUAAGUAAAGCAGAUAAAACUGUCAGAUUCACAACUUCAGUUUAAUAAAUUUAAACUAAAUAUAAUGAAUUCAGAGAUGUAAAUAUUAUAUAUUAACAAUUUAGAAAUGUUAACCAGUUGUAACCAAACCUAAACCUGAACCACCAAAAGAAGAUAAGAAAGUGGAAGAACCUCAACCUUAAAAUUAACCAUAAGAAAAUGAGGCAAAUAAUAAUAAUAAUAAUAAUAAUAAUAAUAGCAAAAUGGAAACAGAAUGA